CUUAAAAUUGUGGUUAUUUUACAAAAUGCUGCUGGGUCAAGCACGUAAACAUCUACACCCUGCCUAAUUGCAUCAGUGCCUAACACGAAUAUUUGCAUUAAAAACUAUAAUUUUAAUUUGCCAAAAGUUAAACUUUAGACUACACAGAAGAAGAUCAAAUAAAAAGAAGAAGACUAUAAAAGCAUUUUAUAAAGUGAUAAUACUGGAGAUCAUGUUGAAGCCGUCAACAAUGCAACUAGCGAGUAUUUUGAACCAUCUUUCAUGGCAUCUCAAGAAAACAAAAAGAACAUAAAACAAUCGUGCAUGGGGGGGGGGGGGGCACUAUACGUGGCAAUCGUUCUUCAAUUUGCGCAGGCAUCUUGGAAGGCUGCUGUUUUAUAAGUUAAGUUGACAUUCACAUAUAUAUAUAUAUAUAUACAUAUCUAUCUAUACAUACAUACAUUAUGAUUUCCAAAAGUGGGGAUUUUAUUAUGAAGGGUAAAAGCCACACGACUUAAUUGAAUUGACCCAUAUCUUUGUUAGUGCUUAACACGAAUAAUAAAAAAAAGUAGUUGUCUUUAUUCUCCAAAUCACUGAAUUGUUUGUUAAACGUGGAAUUCUUCAAGCACUUAAAUUGGUAGAGAAUAUGAAUCUAUACUCCUCACUACUACUAGUGGUCAGUGUUGUUUGCCCAGAAAAACACAAGGAACAAAUGCCUAUCUUCCUCGCUACAACUUAUAAACUUUUCUAUCUCAUCUCCAUAUUUAUAUUGUACUUGUACCUAUCUUCUACCAACAGCAAGUUUUCCCAUCAACUUUCUUCACUUUGGAUUAAAUUCACCAACAGAAACCAGUGGCGGAAAAAGAAAGCAACUUUCUUGCCUCUAUGUUUGGAGUAGAACCAGUAUUGUAUGUUAGUGAAAGAAAAGGCCACAUAGGAAGAUGAGAACUCCUUAUACUUACCUUCAUUUCAUUGUUCUUCUGUUCCAAUUGUUGUUCGUCUGCUUCAGCUACACCGACCUUGAUGUUCUCUUUAAGCUCAAAACUUCCAUGAUUGCCCCAAAAGGUUCCGGACUUGAGGAUUGGGACAACUCAUCGUCUUCUCCAUUUUCUCAUUGCUCCUUCUCUGGUGUGUCAUGUGAUCAAGAUUCACGCGUUGCCUCUCUAAACGUGUCGUUUGUUCCUCUCUAUGGCACUGUUCCUCCAGAGAUUGGGCUCUUGAACAAGCUUGUGAAUCUCACAUUGUCCUCCAAUAAUCUCACUGGGAGGUUGCCAUUAGAGAUAGGGAACCUUACUUUACUGAAGAUAUUCAACAUCUCUAACAACUUAUUCAGCGGUCUUUUUCCUGGAGAAAUCACACUGGGCAUGCCAGAGCUUGAGAUACUCGACGUCUAUAACAACAAUUUCUCAGGUUCAUUACCUACCCAGAUUGCUAACCUCAAGAAACUCAAGCAUUUGUCCUUUGGAGGUAACUAUUUCAUUGGACAGAUACCAGAAAGUUAUUCAGAGAUUCAAAACUUGGAGUAUUUAGGCUUAAAUGCCAACAAUCUAACUGAUAAGAGCCCAGCAUUUUUGGCUCGCUUAAAGAAACUCAAAGCAUUGUUUAUUGGCUACUCCAAUCUUUAUAAUGGCGGUGUUCCACGGGAGUUUGGAGACUUGAGUGAGCUCCAAAUUCUUGAUAUGUCUAGUUGUAAUAUCACCGGAGAGAUUCCUACCAGUUUGAGUAAUUUGAAACACUUGCACUCUCUCUUCCUUCAGAUGAACAAUCUCACCGGCCGUAUACCGCCUGAACUUUCCGGCUUGAUUAGCUUGAAAUCUCUGGAUCUCUCCUUCAAUCAUUUAACGGGGGAGAUCCCCCAGAGCUUCUCUACUCUCAAAAACAUUACCUUACUCAACAUGUUUAAAAACAAUCUCUAUGGUCCCAUCCCAUCUUUUGUGGGUGAUUACCCGAAUCUUGAGGUCCUUCAUCUGUGGGGUAACAACUUCACACUCGAGUUGCCGGAGAAUCUCGGUCGGAACGGGAAAUUGUUUAUGCUUGAUGUAAGUUAUAAUCACUUGACAGGACUGAUUCCUCGAGAUUUAUGCAAGGGAGGGAGGUUGAAGACGUUGAUUCUCAUGGAUAAUUUUUUCUUCGGUGCCAUCCCUGAAGAAAUUGGUGAAUGCAAGUCGUUAACCAAAAUUAUGGUGAUGGGGAAUCAACUCAACGGGAUCAUUCCUCCAGGGAUUUUCAACUUGCCAAUGUUGACCCAAGUUGAGGUUGACAACAAUUAUUUAUCUGGUGAACUACCUACAGUGAUGUCAAGCAAAAAUCUGAGUCUAUUAAGAAUGGCUAACAAUUGGAUAACAGGUAAAAUACCCCCAGCUCUCGGUAGCUUGCUCAGCUUAGAGACUAUCUCGCUUGAAAUGAACCGAUUCUACGGUGAAAUUCCCCAGGCACUCUUCAACUUGAAGCAGCUUUCUAAACUAAAUAUCAGUAGAAACAACAUUAGUGGUGAAAUUCCUUCUUCGUUCUCUCGCUGCAUGUCGUUAACAUCAGUUGAUUUUAGUCGAAACAACCUUACUGGGGAAAUACCGAAAGGAAUCGCAAAACUGAUGGACUUAAGCAUCUUCAAUUUAUCAAGAAACCAGAUGACUGGCCAAAUCCCAGAAGAGAUUCGAAACAUGACAAGUUUAACGAUUCUUGAUCUCUCCAAUAAUGAUUUAUUUGGUGAAGUUCCAACUGGAGGUCAGUUUGUGGUUUUCGACGAGAGAGCCUUCAGUGGAAACCCCAACCUCUGUCUACCCCACCACCUUCCUUGCCGGUCUCUGACCAACACCGGACGAGCAAAUGGGCACAACCACACGACAUUAUCUAGUUCCUCAAAGCUUACGAUUACAAUCAUAACACUUGUCACCGCCUUGAUGCUCAUUAUGUUCAGCGUUUAUAGGCUGAGAAAGCUGAGGCGCAAAAAUUCCCGGGUUUGGAAACUAACAGCAUUCCAACGAUUAGAUUUCAAGGUAGACGACGUGCUAGAGUGCGUAAAAGAAGAGAACAUCAUAGGGAAAGGUGGGGCGGGAAUCGUGUACCGUGGAUCCAUGCAAGAUGGAGUUGACGUUGCAAUCAAGCGGUUGGUAGGACGAGGCCAUGGGAGAAGCGAUCAUGGGUUCUCAGCCGAGAUUCAGACGUUGGGUCGAAUCAGACACCGAAAUAUAGUGAGACUCUUAGGGUUCGUGUCUAACAAAGACACGAACUUACUGCUAUACGAGUACAUGCCAAAUGGGAGCUUAGGGGAGCUGUUGCAUGGAUCAAAAGGAGGGCACUUGCAAUGGGAGACCAGGUACAGGAUCGCAUUAGAGGCUGCUAAGGGGUUGUGUUAUCUUCACCACGACUGCUCUCCCUUGAUUAUACAUAGAGAUGUUAAGUCUAAUAAUAUACUCCUGGAUUCCGACUUUGAAGCUCAUGUAGCUGAUUUUGGGCUGGCUAAGUUCUUACAAGAUGCCGGGGCAUCCGAGUGCAUGUCUUCCAUAGCCGGAUCCUACGGUUAUAUCGCCCCAGAGUACGCGUACACGUUGAAAAUAGAUGAGAAAAGUGAUGUUUAUAGCUUCGGUGUUGUUCUACUGGAGCUAAUAACAGGGAGGAAGCCAGUGGGGGAGUUCGGAGAUGGUGUAGAUAUUGUGAGAUGGGUUAGAAAAACAACAUCAGAAGUGUCUCCGCCGUCUGAUGCAGCUUCUGCUCUUGCCAUCAUAGACUCGAGGCUCACUGGAUAUCCACUGUCUGGUGUGAUUCUUCUGUUCAAGAUAGCCAUGAUGUGCGUUGAGGAUGAGAGCUCUACUAGACCCACCAUGAGAGAAGUUGUUCACAUGCUCACCAACCCCCCUCACUCUGCUCCAACUCGCCUUCUUCUAUCCAAUGGUUAGCCCCAUCUCUAUAGUUUAAAUCUGUAAUUAUUUUAGUGGGAGUUGGAAAAUGCCGCAAUUAAAAUUGUGUGGUUUGUGGUUGGUGUAAUGGAAAUCAACCGUACUAUGUUUAAUUCGUGAGUUGACGAGACCAAAAUUAGCAUACAUGUAAGUACUGUAUAAUUAACGCAAGUCUUGAGUAAUACAGAUUACGACCAUGAGCAUGUUUUGAAUGCA